UCAGGUCAAACUGGUGUGAACCAGUUGGGAGGUGUAUUUGUCAAUGGAAGACCAUUACCAGACCAAGUUAGAAGACGUAUCGUAGAAUUAGCUCAGAUGGGAGUUCGACCUUGUGAUAUUUCUCGCCAAUUGUUGGUUUCACAUGGAUGUGUUAGUAAAAUAUUAACACGGUUUUAUGAAACCGGUUCUAUUAAACCGGGUUCCAUUGGUGGAAGCAAACCAAAACAAGUAGCAACGCCAUUGGUUGUGAGAAAAAUACUGGAAUUAAAGCAACAGAACCCUUCAAUAUUUGCCUGGGAAAUUCGUGAUCAACUUUUGGCACAGACAGUUUGUGACGAUAACACCAUUCCUAGUGUUAGUUCUAUAAAUAGAAUAUUACGGAACGCCAGUAUG